AUGCUUGUUUUCGUAUAUGGAACUCUGAAGAGCGGAGAACCCAAUCAUCACGUAAUGUCAGCGACGGCGGGAACCCAUCGGUACGUUCCCAUGUUUAUCGGAACCUUUUCUUAAUAAUUAUCAUACUUUUUGAAGAUUCAUCUCGAACGGGACAACUGUGGAUAAAUUCCCACUUAUUAUCAGUACACAGUUCAACAUUCCUUUUCUGUUACAUAAACCCGGUGAAGGAAACGUGAGUUCUUGAUAAUAUUGCGAUUGCCUUCAAGAGUAAACCUUCAAAUGAAGUUUAGAAAAUCGAAGGAGAGGUUUACGAAGUAGAUGGUGUGAAACUAGCCGUUCUCGACGAACUAGAAGCAUAUCCGACACUUUAUGACCGCAAGGAGAUAAAGGUUGUUCAGUCGCGAGCGAAGAAGAUAGCCCCAAUCAUUCAGAUAAAGUUGUCGGCUGAUGGAAACACUGUCGCGGCGUCUUUGUAUCUUCUGAAACGAUGGCGCGAGGAACUUGUCACUUCGGGAACACCUUAUCUCACAAAUUACUCGAGCAACGGGCCUCACGGAAGGCAAUACGUCGACAGGUAAAAACGCUCUUUUUCUUUGUCAUCUUACAAUUUGAGGUACGUUCGAGCGAAAGAAAUUAUUGAUGACCAUACCUCAAAGACCAAUCUUUACUACGAAAUCUUAGGUGGUCCUCCCGCUGAUCCCAUUCUUAGAAAACUUAAUGAACAAAAGGCUAAAGUUGAUUUAGAACUUCCUCAAUAA